AUGUCAAGUUGGUUAACGUUUUUUCGGUUAAGAAAAUUAGACGAAGAAGAAGAGAACAAUUCAGAAGAAUUGGAAGAUGCACCUUUAAAUCCAUCAAUUCUACAGGAAUUGGAUGAGGAACAGCAAGCUCAUAUAAAGGAAGUUUUCCGGCGAGCAGAACAGUCACAAAAGGAAGCUCGAAUUGUGCUGAACACAAGAAAACUUUCGAGAUUCAGUGAUGCAAGAUUUCGAGGAACAGUUGACGAAAAUGAAGAAUUUUUUACCGUUCGGAAUGAAAGCUUUGUACAGAUGGAUUCACUUCCAGAAACAAUAGAAGUCACCGAAGCACGUGAUUCGUUGCUGAAUCCUAGUUACAGUUAUUCAGAAUCCUCGGUGAGUGACUCGAAAGACACGAAAGAUUCGUUUAGCGAACAACCUGGAAAUUUUACACAAAGCAUUAAACGACUCAGUAGGCAGUUAUACCGCUGGAUGAGUUCUCUUGAUGACGAUGGAGAUGAUAUACUAACGUCUGCACGAAAAUUGGUUCGCUUUUCAACUCCUCUCAAUAUAGAAACGAAUACAGGUUUUGCGAAAUAUGUGUCUAAGAUGUCACAUGAAAUCUGUACACUGGCCAUUGCUGAUUCUGUCUGUAAAUGUGUUCUGGAUCAGUACUGUCAUUGGUUAUGUACCGUUAUAUUUACUGCUGUAUAUAACGAAUUAAAGCUGAAAUAUGGGACCGAUGCAGCGAUAGAUAGAUACUGCUCCGAACUGACAAUCAACAUCUUUAAGUGUGUAUAUAUGAAUGCCGUAGAAUUACUUGGUGGCCAAGAACCGCUACAUGCGAACUGGUCGAAAAACGAUCGUAACGUGCAUAUUGCCUUACUGCGUGCUUCAUCUACAACCUUUAAAAAAUCAAUUUCUUGUGAAUGUAUUCAAUCCUUGGCACAUCUCAUUGAUCAAGAGUCAGCGCUGUAUCAUCAUUCAGAACUUGAUGAUGACUGUGCGCAAGAAUUUUGUUAUGUGCUUUUGGAAGACGAUAAAGAAAAGCUUUCACAAGAGCUAACAUCUGUAUUACAGAACUUUGCAGAAGAACUCUGGAUUCAUAUUUUAGCCUUAGUUCUGGCUGAUGUUAUGCUGAAAAAACAAGGAUCCGCAUUACAGGAACAGUUUUUCGGGAUUAAACUAACUUCAUCGGCUCAGGAAAACGUUCAGAAAGCAAAAAUAAAUUCUUUCCCUUCUAUAAAUGAUUACAGCAGCCUUGAUGAAAGUAGUUGCAGUGUGUCAUCUGAUGAAUUUGCAAAUGAAUACACUUUAUUGGACAAUGAAAAACAGAGUUUACAUCUCUACAUGAAGCAACAACUUCAUGGAAAGAUGAGUCCGCCACUGAUACUUUAUGAGGUGGAUCCGAAUAGAGAUAUUUACACGAAUCCAUUUAUUGGCGUCUGCGAAACUAAAAAGCAAAGUAGACCGGUAUCUAGAGAGAGUUCUGUUUCUGAAUUUUCAGAAACAGGUUGGAAUACCGAACAACAGCUCGAUUCAGAAUGGUCUCAUAGCGAAAAUUUCUAUAUGGAAAAAUCCACUUCCAUUUCAAUGGAACAGUUAAGAAAUGAUGAAAGGACACGAAACAAUGAAGUGAUGAAAUACAUAGAACAAAUCAUCAAAGAGGCCGAAUGUGCUGCGUCGGAUGAAGAAACACUGCAAACAAUUCAGGUGAAAACUUUCGGCCAAGAAAAACAUAUGUAUAAUCCAGAAUUCGAUCUGACGACUAGUUUAGAGGAAUGGUCAUCUUCUACAUUAAAUGCGAUGAUAAAUCACGCAACGUCCAUCUUUGACAGUGAAAUGAAAUUGGAACAACUUAUGGAAACAGACUUGGUAUGUUCAGACUGGAGGUCUUUAAAUGAAACAUUGAAGUCUAAAAACAGUAUACACAGCCAGAUGACGAAUGAAAAUGGAAGAAAGAAUAUAUUAGUUGGAAAGGAGCAAGGUUUAUCCCAUUCUGAAUUUCUCUCAAAUUCAACAACCAAAAUUGCAGACAAUCUUAAUGAAUUUGAAGAGAAUAAUGUGAAAAAUGCAUUGUCCUCUCCUAAUCAGAUUCACAAAAUUCACGGUAAACAAAUAUCUUUAGAAUCUAGCUUUUCAUCUACAUUCGAGAAUAGAGCCUCGAACGUGCCAGAAAAGAAAGUCCAAGAUAUGGAAGAACCAAUUUGGCAAUUCAAUGACUUUAAAGAACAAAAAUUCGAAAGUUGCUGUAAAUUUGAUAAACUACAUAACACUGAGGAAAUUAUAACGCAGUUUGCUAUUGAUAAAGACGUCAUAUGCGAAGAUAAUUCGGGAGAUCUAUUCAGUUACACUUUAGAUGAACGACAUCCGAUGUUUAACAAGCAGAAAUCAAAUUCGGCCUCGAUCAUGAAAUUUGAUGAGACCAACUCCACUGCUUCGAGUGUUCUAGACAAGACAUAUCCUGGAUUCGAUAUAGUAAUAAAAAAGGAGAAGACUGAGGAAGAACAAUCAUUCACAAUGGAGGAACAGGAGUGGAAUGAACUUGCAAACGAAGAAAUUGGUACAAAAUUCGAAAUUCAAGGAAUGCAUUUAAAGAAAUUCGAAAAGAUUGGAACAAAUUCUAAUGGAUUAACAAUGGCAAAAAUAACAAAACUUCAAGACCAGAAAAAACAUGAGCUGCGACAGAAAAACUUGGAGAAUUAUGGAGAUUAUGGGCUGUCAUACUCAAUAAGUAAAACAAAACAUGACGAAAUAAAAUAUGAUUUAAACAUCGAAACAGAAGGAUGGGAAACUGAAGGUGAAGCACACCAAAACGAUAAUCUCAUAGGGCAAAAAAGAGACAGUGAGAAUAAAGCAUCGGAAGCUCCAGAUUCAUUCAUAAUGAUUAAUACUGUUGAUAUUUAUCGAACACUUAGAAGUAGAAAGAAUGAAGUAAACAAACUGAAAAUUUUUGAAGAAUCGACUGCGAAAGAGCAAGAAGAAGUCGUAAAUGUUAUAUGUACGGCUAAGGGUACCAUGCAAGCAGACACAAAAAUUGAAAAUUCUAUUAAAAACAAAGAUUCAAUAUUAGAAUCUGAAUUAUUCAGGACGAGCGAAAAAAUAUCAAAGAAAGAUCCUGCAACAUCAGAACUUGAAAAUGCAUCUCUAGUUGACGAUGGUUUUGAAAGAGCUCUGGACCAAAACCUAGAAAUCAAUAUUGAGGAAAUGCAAGACAAUAAAAGCACCAACACAAGAAACAGAUCAACAUCUAAGGUGAGGGAAGAAAAUGAAGCUGAUGACUUGCUGUUUGAACUUCAUUUAAAUAGAAGCCUUGGACAGCAGAAUUUUGGUAAAAAAAUAGAAGAAACUGAAAUUGGGACUAGGUCAACUUAUCACUCAACAUCUGCAUAUAAUGUUACCUUAACUUUUGAGAAUAAGUCGUUAAGCGGUCCUAUCAGUGACAGUGCUGGUAACUUUGGAAUGGAAAUAUUCUCUUCAAGAGACUUUAAGGAAUCCAAAUCGAAAGGAAAUGAACUGCGGAACCAUCAGAUUGCUGAUAAAAUAGCAUCUCCUCAACAAUAUCCAACUGAAACAUAUCUUUUAGAUUCCCCGCUCCAUGAACCAAGUUAUGACCAACAAAAAAUCGAUUGUGUGCACUCACUAAUGAGUAAUACUAUUCAUUCUCGUGUCUGUACAUAUGAACUGGAUGCAACGAACAAUGCAAAAUCGUCAACGUUUAAGCCAGACAUGACUGUAUCCGCCGCUUGUGUUUGUUCGAAUGCUUUAAAAGAGGAAGUAAUUGCCGAUAACAGCGGACAAUCAUAUAUGAAAAACGAAGUGCGAGGCGCAGAACCAUAUGAUCAGCAGCAAUUGGGAACUAGAGCCUCUUACAAGAAUACAGAAGGAAGUAAUAGCAAUGAGGAUUCAGAAUCUCAUGUCCGUUUUUUUGAAACCAUCGGAGUGGGUAUAAUCGCUGAGAACACCAACAUUAAGGUGAAGCCGAAAACGAGAGACUUCAAAAUUAGUUGUAGGGAAGAUUCAAAGUCUCAUAAUCGCAAAUCAUUAUCAGCAGCUUCAACAAUUACUAAAUUUAACAGAACAUCGAACAAUAGAGCAAGGGAAGUGAUUGCUAAUGCUGAUCAGGAGAAACAUGGACUGGUAUUAAGAAAAAAACAAGCACAAACUGUUUAUUUCAACCAACAGAUCUUUCAAGAAUUAAUAGCUUUAAAACAAGUGCCUCAUGAAAGGAGAGAAAAGAAAGAUUCAGAUUUCACUUUAAAUGAAGUAAAAAUCAAUCAAAUUGGCAAGGUCGAGAAAUCAUUUUCUGAUACCUGCAUCAAUCUACAACAGGAAACAGCGGAGAAAAGCCUGCAUAUGGGAGAGACCAAAAUGCCGCCAGCAACAGAUUUGGAACUAACCGAUAGUGUUAGCAAAUGGGUCGAAGGAAAACUUUAUGCGCAAAGUAUUCAAAUUCACAACUCAACAGCUGACAAGGAAAAUCAUGUUCAAAAAACUGCUAUAAACAAAGAAUCGGAAUUUAAAUUAACUCAAGAUGAACUGGAACAUAUAGCACAUGUUUCGUACAUGGCUGAAGAAGAGUUCGGCAAAUUUCAAACAAAAUUACCUAUCGACAAGGAUUGGGUUGAAGAAGAAGAAGAAGGCACAAAAUCGGGUUACGAAGAAUAUAGCGUUGAAGAAAGUGAAUCAGAGAAAUUUUCGAGAACAAGUUCUGCAACGUCAGGUCCCGAUUCUCAACAGCAAUCUGUAGAUAUGACAAUAAAUCCGAUCCAAAAUAUCUUGCCAUUUGAUGCAACCGAUAACAUAACAUUGGAUGAUAAAAAUGUUCUCACUAAAGAUAUGGAACAUGAAAUGAAUGCAUUCAGCAAUAAGGAUAUAACUAAUGAUAGAAUUUCCUUUGACGACGAUGAUUCCAUUCCAGCACAUCUUCUGACUUUGUCACCAUCUGCCGACAUUACUUCUAAGACUUUUGAUAAGAUAGAAAAAAAUCUGUUAUCAGUAAAAAAAAUGGAACAUAUCAACACAAAUGUUAUUAGCAAUGUUGAGCAAGAAAUGGAUGCUCAAAAAGUUGCCAUAAACAAAGAAUCGGAAUUUAAAUUAACUCAAGAUGAACUGGAACAUAUAGCACAUGUUUCGUACAUGGCUGAAGAAGAGUUCGGCAAAUUUCAAACAAAAUUACCUAUCGACAAGGAUUGGGUUGAAGAAGAAGAAGAAGGCACAAAAUCGGGUUACGAAGAAUAUAGCGUUGAAGAAAAUGAAUCAGAGAAAUUUUCGAGAACAAGUUCUGCAACGUCAGGUCCCGAUUCUCAACAGCAAUCUGUAGAUAUGACAAUAAAUCCGAUCCAAAAUAUCUUGCCAUUUGAUGCAACCGAUAACAUAACAUUGGAUGAUAAAAAUGUUCUCACUAAAGAUAUGGAACAUGAAAUGAAUGCAUUCAGCAAUAAGGAUAUAACUAAUGAUAGAAUUUCCUUUGACGACGAUGAUUCCAUUCCAGCACAUCUUCUGACUUUGUCACCAUCUGCCGACAUUACUUCUAAGACUUUUGAUAAGAUAGAAAAAAAUCUGUUAUCAGUAAAAAAAAUGGAACAUAUCAACACAAAUGUUAUUAGCAAUGUUGAGCAAGAAAUGGAUGCUCAAAAAGUUGCCAUAAACAAAGAAUCGGAAUUUAAAUUAACUCAAGAUGAACUGGAACAUAUAGCACAUGUUUCGUACAUGGCUGAAGAAGAGUUCGGCAAAUUUCAAACAAAAUUACCUAUCGACAAGGAUUGGGUUGAAGAAGAAGAAGAAGGCACAAAAUCGGGUUACGAAGAAUAUAGCGUUGAAGAAAAUGAAUCAGAGAAAUUUUCGAGAACAAGUUCUGCAACGUCAGGUCCCGAUUCUCAACAGCAUUCUGUAGAUAUGACAAUAAAUCCGAUCCAAAAUAUCUUGCCAUUUGAUGCAACCGAUAACAUAACAUUGGAUGAUAAAAAUGUUCUCACUAAAGAUAUGGAACAUGAAAUGAAUGCAUUCAGCAAUAAGGAUAUAACUAAUGAUAGAAUUUCCUUUGACGACGAUGAUUCCAUUCCAGCACAUCUUCUGACUUUGUCACCAUCUGCCGACAUUACUUCUAAGACUUUUGAUAAGAUAGAAAAAAAUCUGUUAUCAGUAAAAAAAAUGGAACAUAUCAACACAAAUGUUAUUAGCAAUGUUGAGCAAGAAAUGGAUGCUCAAAAAGUUGCCAUAAACAAAGAAUCGGAAUUUAAAUUAACUCAAGAUGAACUGGAACAUAUAGCACAUGUUUCGUACAUGGCUGAAGAAGAGUUCGGCAAAUUUCAAACAAAAUUACCUAUCGACAAGGAUUGGGUUGAAGAAGAAGAAGAAGGCACAAAAUCGGGUUACGAAGAAUAUAGCGUUGAAGAAAGUGAAUCAGAGAAAUUUUCGAGAACAAGUUCUGCAACGUCAGGUCCCGAUUCUCAACAGCAUUCUGUAGAUAUGACAAUAAAUCCGAUCCAAAAUAUCUUGCCAUUUGAUGCAACCGAUAACAUAACAUUGGAUGAUAAAAAUGUUCUCACUAAAGAUAUGGAACAUGAAAUGAAUGCAUUCAGCAAUAAGGAUAUAACUAAUGAUAGAAUUUCCUUUGACGACGAUGAUUCCAUUCCAGCACAUCUUCUGACUUUGUCACCAUCUGCCGACAUUACUUCUAAGACUUUUGAUAAGAUAGAAAAAAAUCUGUUAUCAGUAAAAAAAAUGGAACAUAUCAACACAAAUGUUAUUAGCAAUGUUGAGCAAGAAAUGGAUGCUCAAAAAGUUGCCAUAAACAAAGAAUCGGAAUUUAAAUUAACUCAAGAUGAACUGGAACAUAUAGCACAUGUUUCGUACAUGGCUGAAGAAGAGUUCGGCAAAUUUCAAACAAAAUUACCUAUCGACAAGGAUUGGGUUGAAGAAGAAGAAGAAGGCACAAAAUCGGGUUACGAAGAAUAUAGCGUUGAAGAAAAUGAAUCAGAGAAAUUUUCGAGAACAAGUUCUGCAACGUCAGGUCCCGAUUCUCAACAGCAAUCUGUAGAUAUGACAAUAAAUCCGAUCCAAAAUAUCUUGCCAUUUGAUGCAACCGAUAACAUAACAUUGGAUGAUAAAAAUGUUCUCACUAAAGAUAUGGAACAUGAAAUGAAUGCAUUCAGCAAUAAGGAUAUAACUAAUGAUAGAAUUUCCUUUGACGACGAUGAUUCCAUUCCAGCACAUCUUCUGACUUUGUCACCAUCUGCCGACAUUACUUCUAAGACUUUUGAUAAGAUAGAAAAAAAUCUGUUAUCAGUAAAAAAAAUGGAACAUAUCAACACAAAUGUUAUUAGCAAUGUUGAGCAAGAAAUGGAUGCUCAAAAAGUUGCCAUAAACAAAGAAUCGGAAUUUAAAUUAACUCAAGAUGAACUGGAACAUAUAGCACAUGUUUCGUACAUGGCUGAAGAAGAGUUCGGCAAAUUUCAAACAAAAUUACCUAUCGACAAGGAUUGGGUUGAAGAAGAAGAAGAAGGCACAAAAUCGGGUUACGAAGAAUAUAGCGUUGAAGAAAGUGAAUCAGAGAAAUUUUCGAGAACAAGUUCUGCAACGUCAGGUCCCGAUUCUCAACAGCAUUCUGUAGAUAUGACAAUAAAUCCGAUCCAAAAUAUCUUGCCAUUUGAUGCAACCGAUAACAUAACAUUGGAUGAUAAAAAUGUUCUCACUAAAGAUAUGGAACAUGAAAUGAAUGCAUUCAGCAAUAAGGAUAUAACUAAUGAUAGAAUUUCCUUUGACGACGAUGAUUCCAUUCCAGCACAUCUUCUGACUUUGUCACCAUCUGCCGACAUUACUUCUAAGACUUUUGAUAAGAUAGAAAAAAAUCUGUUAUCAGUAAAAAAAAUGGAACAUAUCAACACAAAUGUUAUUAGCAAUGUUGAGCAAGAAAUGGAUGCUCAAAAAGUUGCCAUAAACAAAGAAUCGGAAUUUAAAUUAACUCAAGAUGAACUGGAACAUAUAGCACAUGUUUCGUACAUGGCUGAAGAAGAGUUCGGCAAAUUUCAAACAAAAUUACCUAUCGACAAGGAUUGGGUUGAAGAAGAAGAAGAAGGCACAAAAUCGGGUUACGAAGAAUAUAGCGUUGAAGAAAAUGAAUCAGAGAAAUUUUCGAGAACAAGUUCUGCAACGUCAGGUCCCGAUUCUCAACAGCAAUCUGUAGAUAUGACAAUAAAUCCGAUCCAAAAUAUCUUGCCAUUUGAUGCAACCGAUAACAUAACAUUGGAUGAUAAAAAUGUUCUCACUAAAGAUAUGGAACAUGAAAUGAAUGCAUUCAGCAAUAAGGAUAUAACUAAUGAUAGAAUUUCCUUUGACGACGAUGAUUCCAUUCCAGCACAUCUUCUGACUUUGUCACCAUCUGCCGACAUUACUUCUAAGACUUUUGAUAAGAUAGAAAAAAAUCUGUUAUCAGUAAAAAAAAUGGAACAUAUCAACACAAAUGUUAUUAGCAAUGUUGAGCAAGAAAUGGAUGCUCAAAAAGUUGCCAUAAACAAAGAAUCGGAAUUUAAAUUAACUCAAGAUGAACUGGAACAUAUAGCACAUGUUUCGUACAUGGCUGAAGAAGAGUUCGGCAAAUUUCAAACAAAAUUACCUAUCGACAAGGAUUGGGUUGAAGAAGAAGAAGAAGGCACAAAAUCGGGUUACGAAGAAUAUAGCGUUGAAGAAAAUGAAUCAGAGAAAUUUUCGAGAACAAGUUCUGCAACGUCAGGUCCCGAUUCUCAACAGCAAUCUGUAGAUAUGACAAUAAAUCCGAUCCAAAAUAUCUUGCCAUUUGAUGCAACCGAUAACAUAACAUUGGAUGAUAAAAAUGUUCUCACUAAAGAUAUGGAACAUGAAAUGAAUGCAUUCAGCAAUAAGGAUAUAACUAAUGAUAGAAUUUCCUUUGACGACGAUGAUUCCAUUCCAGCACAUCUUCUGACUUUGUCACCAUCUGCCGACAUUACUUCUAAGACUUUUGAUAAGAUAGAAAAAAAUCUGUUAUCAGUAAAAAAAAUGGAACAUAUCAACACAAAUGUUAUUAGCAAUGUUGAGCAAGAAAUGGAUGCUCAAAAAGUUGCCAUAAACAAAGAAUCGGAAUUUAAAUUAACUCAAGAUGAACUGGAACAUAUAGCACAUGUUUCGUACAUGGCUGAAGAAGAGUUCGGCAAAUUUCAAACAAAAUUACCUAUCGACAAGGAUUGGGUUGAAGAAGAAGAAGAAGGCACAAAAUCGGGUUACGAAGAAUAUAGCGUUGAAGAAAGUGAAUCAGAGAAAUUUUCGAGAACAAGUUCUGCAACGUCAGGUCCCGAUUCUCAACAGCAUUCUGUAGAUAUGACAAUAAAUCCGAUCCAAAAUAUCUUGCCAUUUGAUGCAACCGAUAACAUAACAUUGGAUGAUAAAAAUGUUCUCACUAAAGAUAUGGAACAUGAAAUGAAUGCAUUCAGCAAUAAGGAUAUAACUAAUGAUAGAAUUUCCUUUGACGACGAUGAUUCCAUUCCAGCACAUCUUCUGACUUUGUCACCAUCUGCCGACAUUACUUCUAAGACUUUUGAUAAGAUAGAAAAAAAUCUGUUAUCAGUAAAAAAAAUGGAACAUAUCAACACAAAUGUUAUUAGCAAUGUUGAGCAAGAAAUGGAUGCUCAAAAAGUUGCCAUAAACAAAGAAUCGGAAUUUAAAUUAACUCAAGAUGAACUGGAACAUAUAGCACAUGUUUCGUACAUGGCUGAAGAAGAGUUCGGCAAAUUUCAAACAAAAUUACCUAUCGACAAGGAUUGGGUUGAAGAAGAAGAAGAAGGCACAAAAUCGGGUUACGAAGAAUAUAGCGUUGAAGAAAGUGAAUCAGAGAAAUUUUCGAGAACAAGUUCUGCAACGUCAGGUCCCGAUUCUCAACAGCAAUCUGUAGAUAUGACAAUAAAUCCGAUCCAAAAUAUCUUGCCAUUUGAUGCAACCGAUAACAUAACAUUGGAUGAUAAAAAUGUUCUCACUAAAGAUAUGGAACAUGAAAUGAAUGCAUUCAGCAAUAAGGAUAUAACUAAUGAUAGAAUUUCCUUUGACGACGAUGAUUCCAUUCCAGCACAUCUUCUGACUUUGUCACCAUCUGCCGACAUUACUUCUAAGACUUUUGAUAAGAUAGAAAAAAAUCUGUUAUCAGUAAAAAAAAUGGAACAUAUCAACACAAAUGUUAUUAGCAAUGUUGAGCAAGAAAUGGAUGCUCAAAAAGUUGCCAUAAACAAAGAAUCGGAAUUUAAAUUAACUCAAGAUGAACUGGAACAUAUAGCACAUGUUUCGUACAUGGCUGAAGAAGAGUUCGGCAAAUUUCAAACAAAAUUACCUAUCGACAAGGAUUGGGUUGAAGAAGAAGAAGAAGGCACAAAAUCGGGUUACGAAGAAUAUAGCGUUGAAGAAAAUGAAUCAGAGAAAUUUUCGAGAACAAGUUCUGCAACGUCAGGUCCCGAUUCUCAACAGCAAUCUGUAGAUAUGACAAUAAAUCCGAUCCAAAAUAUCUUGCCAUUUGAUGCAACCGAUAACAUAACAUUGGAUGAUAAAAAUGUUCUCACUAAAGAUAUGGAACAUGAAAUGAAUGCAUUCAGCAAUAAGGAUAUAACUAAUGAUAGAAUUUCCUUUGACGACGAUGAUUCCAUUCCAGCACAUCUUCUGACUUUGUCACCAUCUGCCGACAUUACUUCUAAGACUUUUGAUAAGAUAGAAAAAAAUCUGUUAUCAGUAAAAAAAAUGGAACAUAUCAACACAAAUGUUAUUAGCAAUGUUGAGCAAGAAAUGGAUGCUCAAAAAGUUGCCAUAAACAAAGAAUCGGAAUUUAAAUUAACUCAAGAUGAACUGGAACAUAUAGCACAUGUUUCGUACAUGGCUGAAGAAGAGUUCGGCAAAUUUCAAACAAAAUUACCUAUCGACAAGGAUUGGGUUGAAGAAGAAGAAGAAGGCACAAAAUCGGGUUACGAAGAAUAUAGCGUUGAAGAAAAUGAAUCAGAGAAAUUUUCGAGAACAAGUUCUGCAACGUCAGGUCCCGAUUCUCAACAGCAAUCUGUAGAUAUGACAAUAAAUCCGAUCCAAAAUAUCUUGCCAUUUGAUGCAACCGAUAACAUAACAUUGGAUGAUAAAAAUGUUCUCACUAAAGAUAUGGAACAUGAAAUGAAUGCAUUCAGCAAUAAGGAUAUAACUAAUGAUAGAAUUUCCUUUGACGACGAUGAUUCCAUUCCAGCACAUCUUCUGACUUUGUCACCAUCUGCCGACAUUACUUCUAAGACUUUUGAUAAGAUAGAAAAAAAUCUGUUAUCAGUAAAAAAAAUGGAACAUAUCAACACAAAUGUUAUUAGCAAUGUUGAGCAAGAAAUGGAUGCUCAAAAAGUUGCCAUAAACAAAGAAUCGGAAUUUAAAUUAACUCAAGAUGAACUGGAACAUAUAGCACAUGUUUCGUACAUGGCUGAAGAAGAGUUCGGCAAAUUUCAAACAAAAUUACCUAUCGACAAGGAUUGGGUUGAAGAAGAAGAAGAAGGCACAAAAUCGGGUUACGAAGAAUAUAGCGUUGAAGAAAGUGAAUCAGAGAAAUUUUCGAGAACAAGUUCUGCAACGUCAGGUCCCGAUUCUCAACAGCAUUCUGUAGAUAUGACAAUAAAUCCGAUCCAAAAUAUCUUGCCAUUUGAUGCAACCGAUAACAUAACAUUGGAUGAUAAAAAUGUUCUCACUAAAGAUAUGGAACAUGAAAUGAAUGCAUUCAGCAAUAAGGAUAUAACUAAUGAUAGAAUUUCCUUUGACGACGAUGAUUCCAUUCCAGCACAUCUUCUGACUUUGUCACCAUCUGCCGACAUUACUUCUAAGACUUUUGAUAAGAUAGAAAAAAAUCUGUUAUCAGUAAAAAAAAUGGAACAUAUCAACACAAAUGUUAUUAGCAAUGUUGAGCAAGAAAUGGAUGCUCAAAAAGUUGCCAUAAACAAAGAAUCGGAAUUUAAAUUAACUCAAGAUGAACUGGAACAUAUAGCACAUGUUUCGUACAUGGCUGAAGAAGAGUUCGGCAAAUUUCAAACAAAAUUACCUAUCGACAAGGAUUGGGUUGAAGAAGAAGAAGAAGGCACAAAAUCGGGUUACGAAGAAUAUAGCGUUGAAGAAAAUGAAUCAGAGAAAUUUUCGAGAACAAGUUCUGCAACGUCAGGUCCCGAUUCUCAACAGCAUUCUGUAGAUAUGACAAUAAAUCCGAUCCAAAAUAUCUUGCCAUUUGAUGCAACCGAUAACAUAACAUUGGAUGAUAAAAAUGUUCUCACUAAAGAUAUGGAACAUGAAAUGAAUGCAUUCAGCAAUAAGGAUAUAACUAAUGAUAGAAUUUCCUUUGACGACGAUGAUUCCAUUCCAGCACAUCUUCUGACUUUGUCACCAUCUGCCGACAUUACUUCUAAGACUUUUGAUAAGAUAGAAAAAAAUCUGUUAUCAGUAAAAAAAAUGGAACAUAUCAACACAAAUGUUAUUAGCAAUGUUGAGCAAGAAAUGGAUGCUCAAAAAGUUGCCAUAAACAAAGAAUCGGAAUUUAAAUUAACUCAAGAUGAACUGGAACAUAUAGCACAUGUUUCGUACAUGGCUGAAGAAGAGUUCGGCAAAUUUCAAACAAAAUUACCUAUCGACAAGGAUUGGGUUGAAGAAGAAGAAGAAGGCACAAAAUCGGGUUACGAAGAAUAUAGCGUUGAAGAAAAUGAAUCAGAGAAAUUUUCGAGAACAAGUUCUGCAACGUCAGGUCCCGAUUCUCAACAGCAUUCUGUAGAUAUGACAAUAAAUCCGAUCCAAAAUAUCUUGCCAUUUGAUGCAACCGAUAACAUAACAUUGGAUGAUAAAAAUGUUCUCACUAAAGAUAUGGAACAUGAAAUGAAUGCAUUCAGCAAUAAGGAUAUAACUAAUGAUAGAAUUUCCUUUGACGACGAUGAUUCCAUUCCAGCACAUCUUCUGACUUUGUCACCAUCUGCCGACAUUACUUCUGAAUGCUGGAUCGUAGAGGAUGAUGAGAACUCGAUGUUACUGUUUGGACAUAGAAACAAAGUUGUUAAAUCUAUCAGAAUGCUUAACAUAGAAGACCAUAAGAUGAAAAUUUUCAAUCAAAUUCAAAAAAAUAUUCAAACUGAUCAAACAAUUUAUGAUAACGGAUGCUCGAUGAGCAAUCCACUUGCUGAUUCUUAUAGUCCCAUAAUUCAAGUUUUAUGCCGAGAAACUGAAAUGACGUAUACUGAACUCGAACAAUCCCAUUCUGUCUAUAAUAGUUAUGUAAAAAUUCCUAAGUCUACUGAAGGAACUGCAACAGUAAAAUCGGUAAAAGAACUAGAAAAACAAAAAAGUUCUAGAAUUGGGUAUACAGCGGAUCAGGAAAACAUUGAAUUUCAUACUGUUGAAAGUGGCAGUGGGGAUUCUGACCAUUCGCGCAGAACAGAAGCUGGAGCUGAUGCGACUAUUCUGCUCGAAACUGGGGUGUCUAGUAAAGUUAUAAGUGGCGUAAUGAUUACUGAUGCUGCGGUAAAUGAUCAGCUGGCUUUAUCAGGUAUAAUAGAUAAAUCAUUUGCUCAUUUUAACAUUCCACAAGUUGUGGGAAUUGGUCCAGCGACAAGUAUAGAUUAUUUCAACGAAAAACAGCACAGACAAAAUGAAUCCCGCCAUAUUAACACGAUGAUGAAACAGGAAAUCCCUAAACAGCAAAGUAAAUUGGGUGCUGCUAUCCAGGAAUGUGGAUCUGAAUUAACCAUGAAAGAUUUUAAGAACUCAAAAAUUGUUCUCUCAGAUAAGUCGUGUGAUUUGGAAAAAAAAUUCGCAUUUCAAAAACCAUGGGAACAACGGACGGAACAAGAAAAGCAUCAGGAACAAUCGAUUAUCGGCAAAUCCAUGAUGGAACUCUUGAAGGAUAACUCCUUUGUUGGAAUUCGAAGAAAUGAACAAUUGUUCAAAGAUAAUAUAAGUAAUUUUCCAAAAUCGAAUUGCAAAUGCUCUGAAAUAGUCGAAGGUGAACAGGGCGUUAUAUUUGGCAAAAACAAAUCAUAUUCACGAAUUCAACCUAACGGAGAAAUCGAAUUUAGUUUAGAGCAUUCGAAUCAUUACCUUACCGAUGGAUUCAACGUCACUUCAACAGUAACUUAUACUGAUCGACUCUAUAAAAAAAUGACACGCAAUCUUCGAUUUUCGGAAAAGAUGCCACACUAUGGAAGGGCUAACUUUUGGAAAACGUUUAAUAACGACGAAGAAUAUUCCGUGAAAACGUAUAUUGAAGGUAUGAAACCAUCAUUUACUCGAGCUUCAAGUGUUUUUGUGGUCUACACCGAUCAAAAUUUACUCGCUUCACAAUUUGGAACAUCAAGAAAAGCAGAAAACAGCGAUGGAGUUGAAGAAACUCUGGAUGAUGGAGAUAAAUCAAAAUCAAAUGCGACAAGAAAGGCUGGAAAUUUAAAAGAGAUAGGAAUUAAAAUUAACCCAAUAGAACAUAGACAUUUAACUUCUGAUUUAAUUACAUCAGUAUCUGCUUUAGAAGAAAAAUGGAAAAGGUCCGAGGUUUUUUAUCUUUCCGGAUCUGUGUUGUCAGACUCCACGUUUACAAAAACGGAGAAUGCCAAAGGUAAAGAAUCGUUAGAACGUGACUCAACGUGGCUAUUGAAAAAUGAGAAACCUCGAGGGACUUACCGAAUGAAUGUAUUCGAACGCUGUGAGCGAGAAAGCAUUGUUGGUGAUGGAUCCAUGCUACAUCAUGCGGACUGCCUAAUGCGCCUCAAUUUUUUCGCAGAACGGAUAACAGAACAAGUCGCCGAACUUGCAGCUGUGGAGUUGGGAAAUCAUUUCAGAGCAGUACUUAAUCCAAGAGCUAGGUAUUUCUCGGAAAUGCGCGCUAAUAUCGACAGUCAGGCAGAGUCAGCACCUGUUACUCCUUCCGAAAGUGAUGAAGAAAUCGAAAGAAAGAUCACAUUGGGUUUAACUGAAAAAAGAGAACCGCACUUAGUGACUGUGCCUGAAUCUGAAUCUUCUCCUCGAAGUUCAUCUUGGUUUUCCUUAUUUGGUGGAGGUACGUUUAAUAGAGAGGAUAGGCCACGCUCUCCGAUUUCAUUUCUUUGGCGAACAAGUCAACGACAAAGCGAUGCAUCGAGUCGAAAAAGUUCUCCUGAUGGUAGAAACGAAUUCAUGGAUUUGCUUCGAAGAACUUCAGGAGCUUCAAGCAAUGGUUCUGAUAUGAGUACAAAAUUACCUGAUAGUGCGCUAGCUGGUCUUUCAAAUGAAGAGCGCAAUCACAUUGAAAAAGUACUGAGUGCAGCUAAUCGACGCUCUCGAAGUAGCCAAUCAACACCGACGGCCUCGAGAAAACAAUCUAUGUACAAGCUUCCGGAUAUGAAUGAUUUCGAGUUAUGCGAACGAACACAUAUCGAAGGUGUUAUUGAAAAAGCCGAAAAAGGUGAAUCCCCAUUUGUUAUCAAAGUCACAAAUGCGGAUACCGUCAAAGAUGAUUCAGUUGAUGUCGCUGAUGUAAAGAAGUUUGACAGCACCGUUGCUCAAACGUCAGGUGACACAAAUCAGUCUGAAGAGUUAUUAAAUGGCAAAUCAACAGUUAUAUUGGAGAUACCAUUAGGAAGCAUUUGCUUAUCUGAAGAACUGGGAGAACAGCAAAUUGUUGAAGCGAUAGCACCGGAAACUGGUAGAGGGAAACUUGAACAGGAAUCGAGUUUGGAUGUAAAACUUCACAUCCAAGACAGCAGAAGUAGUUCAGUCAGUUAUAAAAUUCCAGAUGCAGAGUUGGAACAUAUUCGAAAAGCCGAAGAAGCAGCUAUAAUUAUGGGUGCUGACAUUAAAUGGAUAAAUUGUUCAAGAAUCACUCAAGAAAUUGUUGAAAAUCUACAGAAUAGCACAUAUACCAAUUCAUUAAGAGAAUCAAAGGCUGCUGAAAAAUUAAGUGUAUCAGAGAGUUCCAUAGAUUGGAGAUCAGAGGCGAAUAUGAAGGAUGCUCUAACAGUGACAGUUUUCCCGGUUGAAAAGGAAGAACCAGGAAAGACAUUAAAUACAAAAGAAACGAUUUAUGAAACACGAAAAGGGGAAGCGGAAGAUAAAAGUGAAGUUAACAGCAUGGGCGAUGCAAACUCACUUCAUGAAAUACCAAGUUCGGAAUCAUUCGUAAUAAAAACGAUUUCUUUUGAAGACGUCAACAAAGCAAACUUUGUCACCGCAGGUAAGGAAGGGAUAAAAAUUUCCCGACAUUACGAAGGACUAAGGAAGAAACUAACUGGGAAGGAAGUAAUUCAUAAUGAGGAGCUUAAGGAACAAGUGAAUCAGUCCGACAGACUCGAUAAUUCUAUUUCGAGGAAAAUGGUGGAAAAUAGGAGUGUCAACUUGAGUGAUGAAGAAUUAGAACAGAUUAGGUUGGUUAAUGAGCAGGCAAAACAGCUGGAUAAAUUAGACGAAUUCAGCGUUUCUGCAUCUGGAGAAAUAGAAAAAUACAAAUAUCAAAAAACACAACCGUACAUUUGUGUGAUCGAAGAAGAGUUAGGACAAAACAGAGCUGCUGAAGAAGGGUCAAAAGGAUUGCAAAUUGUUGACAGCUCAUUUCUAGAUGAGAAAAUCAACAAACAAAAGGAAGAGAAAGAUGAAUGCUCGACCAAAUACAACAUUCUGCAAACAAAUGCUUUGGAGGAAGAGGCAAAAGGAAUGGAUUUGUUUGCUAUUGUGAGAGUAGAGGAAAGAGCGAUUGUUAGGAAUCCAAGAGAAAACAAAGAUAUUCGCUUUCCUGAGAACAUUUUAAUACCCACCGUUGAAAGAACACAACAAUUAGAAGGAAAUGGUAUGUGUGAGAAAAAAGAAACGGAGAUAAUGCAACAAAAUGUUCUGACUGAGGAGGAAUUGAUGCAAAUACAAGCCGUAGAACGACGAGCAAAACAGAUGGAGCAGAUUUUCAGUUUUGAAGGGCAAUUCACAAAAAUGCUUGAAGGAAGGGAAGUUCCAGAAUUGACAGUAAAUAAAUUGGUUGCUGUAGAAAAGCUUGGGGAUCGUUUAACUGAGGAAGAGCUGGAACACAUCAAAGAAGUGGAGAGAAAUGCUAUUUGGGAGUUUGAAAUGCCACUUCUGGAACGAUUCAACACGAAAAACGACAUGAUCGGUGAAAUAAAUGAAGUGGAAUUUCAGCAGAAGGAUGUAGCACUAGGUGAAGUGGCUUUCAACAAAUUUACUAGCAUGCUGAAUCCACUCAAAAACACUGUCAUUACGACGCUGUCCUUUAACAAUAAAGCUGAUAAGACAAAACUUACCAAAAACGCUGAAUCUGCAGAAGAUAUAUCGAAAACAAACAUGCAAAUUUGGGGAACAUUAAUGAAGGCAUAUUCUGAAAAUCAAAAUUUUGAUAGUGACAUAUCAGCAGCAAACGAAAGUAAUAUUGAAGUUUUGGCAACAACAAGGAAGGACUUAACUUCUGUACAAACAGUUAAUGAAUAUCCUGAAAAUCAAGAUUCCGAAUAUAUAUCCUCAACUGAGUCAUCAAAUUUUGGUCCAGGAACAUCAGAUGAGGAUGAAGAAACAGAUCAGAACAAUCUGGAGUCGACCGACAUUUCCCCUGAAACAGUUUCUUCAACUUCGGAACUUAAAAAUGGUACUACUUUUUCAAAAGUGAAGGAACCUACAGCAAAAGAAGAUACAAACAAAAAAGAUAUGGACUUGUCCUUGGAAGUUAUCCCAAAUACCACUGAUACGGAGCUUUUGCCGAACAGCGGAACGGAAGUAUUCAGUCAAAGCAAAUGGAUUUUAGACAUGGCCUCUUCUUCAUUUUUGAUAGAUGUAACACAUGCUUCUGCACAGUUAGACGUAAAAGAUAGUCUUAUAGAUAAACAGAGCGUUGAUAGAUUUGCUGGGUUAACAAAAGAAGAAAUUGAGCAUAUUAAAAUGGUUGAUCUUCAGUUCGAACAUGAGAAUGCAGAAGACAAAUCAGAAGUUUCUAUGUAUAAUAAUGAUGAUUCAGAAGUUAAUGAUAUUGCAAAUUUUGUAAACGAAAUGAUUGUGGAAAAUGAGGAAUAUGAACUACAAAAAAAAGAUUCAACAAUUGACGCAAGAGGAUUGAAAACCUUACAUAUCAUUGACGAUGAUGAUAAAGUGAUAAAUAAUACUGACGUAAACAUCAAAUAUAUAGGAAAUGAGAACAUAUUACAUGAUGAAAUACCGUUGAAAAAGUUUACUACAAAUGAUACGCCGUUGGAACGAUCAGUUGAGAGAGAUUUAAGAGCUCAUCAACAAAGCAAAUUAUGGCAAAAGGCGCAUGUGGAACAAAAUAAUGAAGUGAAAUCAUUAGAGGAGCUUGGACGCGAAAUAAACAUUGGGAAAUGGUAUGAAGAGGAGCGUUUAAGUUCGCUGAGAAAGUCAUUAUGUGCUGAAGAAACUGCUGAAAUCCCAGAAAUGGAAAAAGAAAGUGCACCGGGAGAAUCAUUACAUUUGCUGCCAGUGCUAUCAUCAUCAUCUUCAUCAUCACCUAUGACAACAUCAACCAAACGCAUGAAUUUCAAAACGGAAUCGAUCGAACUUUCAAAAGUCUUUAAUACAAGCAACCCAGGCAUUGCGCAUUUGCCUAUCGAUCAAGCAUCACAACUAGCAGCAGCACCGGCAGUGCAAUUCUCAGAAACGUUAGCAUUGGAUGUACAUUCCGGAGAGAGCACGUCGCAGCUUUAUGCAUCAUACUUGGCUGCUUCAGCAACAUUACAACAAACAAAACAACAACAACAACAGUAUUUACCAGGAAAAGAGAAUCAACGAAAUACCGAAGGUGAACAACGUGUUGCUGCAAAAAGUAUGUUUGGUUCAUUGUCGCGUUUGGCCGGUGACGCAUUCAAGGGAGCGAAACAAGCUACUGAGCAACUUGCGCAAGUUGCUCAGUAUGCUGCCUCUACUUCUGACUUAACAACGAUUACCAAGCCAAAACCUCCGCAAACGGUAAUGUCAUCACAUUCGAUAUCUCCAAAUGCAUCCUUUACUGAAAAUGAUUUAUUGCCUGGUUUGGGCGAUUUAUCAGAAGAAGAACGUCAAAAAAUCAUGGCGGUAAUGGCAAGCGCUGAAUUAGACACGGCAUCGACUAGUGUGUCUAGAUCAUCAGUAUCUGUUUCACGUACAUUGGAUUCAUUUUUCAAGAACGAGGAUCAAAGAGAUACCAAAGGUGGUUUUCCUGAGCAAUUAAUAGUGGAUUCUGUCUCAGUUAGUGAAUUAGAGUCGAAGUCAUCUGCUACGACGAAGAUUUUCUCCGCAUCCUCAAACAUUAUGGAUGAAGUGGAUUUGUCAUGUUUGUCACCAACUGAACGAAACCAAAUUAUUAGCGUAAUGAAAGCUGCUGAGUCCGAGGAAUCAAAUUUCAUUCCACCUGUAUUACCAUUGCUUCCAACAUCGGCGGCACCACUUUCAAUUCCUUCAGUCAAUGAUGAAUUUCACGAUAAUUUAGCGGAACUUUUGCCAGCCGAGAGAGACCAAAUUUUAGCCGUGAUGAAAGCCGCACAAGAAGAACAUUUCGAAGCUACUCACGCGAUUUCAUCUCAGCCUGUUUCCCAAAUUGGUACAUCAGGGGAAAAAGACGAAUGGCAGGAAGGUAAAAAUUCUGUUGGUGAUCGAGAGAUGGAGAAGCAUGAAGUCUUAACGAAAUUUGUGGAAUCAUCUACUUCAUCCUCCACCGGUGUCACACUACCUCAAAUCGAUAGUGAUUACACGAUAACUGAAGAUAGCAGCUGUGAUGUGGGUUUCAGGUAUCCAAGCAUUGUAUCGAGCAUUAUUACUGGGACUGAUAUCCUGGAAACAGAUACCCCAUCAGUAUUUGAAAGUAGUGGUUAUGAUAGCGCUGAUUUUGAUUACACUUACGGAGAUGACCGAAGGUUUAUAUUUGAUGGUGCUAGUCAAAUGGAUGAUUAUCCGAAAGAAAAUCAUGAUGCAGACAGUGGUAUUGGAACUCUCGAUUGGUCCGAUCAGGGACAUUACGAAUGGAAUGAACGGAAACCUCGAAUGUGGACAACAGUUUUUACCGAGGAAGAAGAGAAAAAUGACGUAAACAUGCAGAAACAUGGAAGAAGAGCAAAAGAUUAUAUGGAAACAGAUAUGAAAGCAACUGAUUUAUCUGAUUCAUCAUCACUGACUCAUCAUCACAUUAACGUGAUUGAUGAUGAUUGUAAGGACACUGUUAAAGAAUCAAGUGAUACUACUGAAAAAAAUGCACUUAAAGUAAAUGCGAUUCAGAAUAGUGAUGGACGGCUUUUUACUAGUAAUGACAAUCUUUCGAAAAAGGCUUUAGAAUCGCAAGCCUCUACUGCUCAAUAUGAGAUACUGCAAGCUGCGCACAUAAUGCGAAUUCCACCAGCAAUAACAGUAACUGAUCACGAUGACGGGAUCCGAAUAGCUGCUGAUGACGAUUCUGAUGCUGAAACAAGUCCAUCUUCUGAUGAAGAUGACUAUCCUGAUCAGGUAAUCGAAGUGCCCUCUGCACCGCUGAUAUCGUAUGAUGAAGUGGAAAAAGAACAAGAACAACAAGAGGCAUUUGGUAAAGCUGUUUUGCAACAAAUACAGGCUUUUGGAGAAGUAGCAAAUGAUGAAUUUGAUGUUCAGUGGGUUCAUGAUAACUUAAUUAGAAGUGAGGCGAUAAGUAAUAUCUUUGCACACGAUGAAAGUACGACACCAGCGGUUGCUUACGACGAGGUCCUAUUAUCAAUGGAAACUGAGCACACUAAUAAAGCAGCAAGUUUGAAUAAAACCACCUCUGAGAGGAAAAAUCCAUUCCUGGAUAUUGUUGACACUGAUAGUGCAUUAAAAAUCGUGGAAGAAAAUUCAUUGGAGGCUGAUGUUGAUUACACAGCUGCAGCUAGCUACUACAGCAGUCCAUCAUUUUUAAGUCAUAGACCUGGUUCCGUUUACACAAUUCCAGAGGAUAAAGAACAAGAUGAUGGAUUGGUCAAUACUGAUUCGAAGUUCUACGCAAAAGAAGUGGUUCGCAGAAUUCGCGCAGAAUCAUCAAGUUUAAAAGCAGUUUCCAAGUCCACUGCGUUUAGUGAAACAGCAAAUGUGUUGAAUGUGAUUCCAACUUUGAGUCCUGCUCAGAAAGGCCGAGAUGUGACAACUACCGUCUACAGUGGUGACUACUAUAGUCAGUUACAAAAACGCCAGGAUGAGAUUUCAAAACAAACAUUGCUUCAUGAUACAGAAGCGAAUGUAUUAUCUCCUGCGGUUGAUGUGAACAGCUCUGAAACUUCAAGACAGUUGGAACAUAUCACUACGUCUUGCUCAAUUUCACAGAAAGAGCCUACUUCAUCUUUGCUCUCCAGUGGUGUCUCAUUAUGCAGCAGUACUACGGUUUUCAACAUCUCACCACGUAUUAUAUCAACCAGUUUCGAUGGUAUCCAGAACGGACGGAUCGAUGAAAUGGAAAUCUCCACAAAUUUACCUAUCAAAAGUGGUUCUGGAACUGAAGUAUUGAAAAUGAGUUCGGGAAUAACCCAAUUUUCGAAAAGUGAUGCAUUAUCAGAUUUAGUUUGUAGUGCCUCAAGUUUUCAAUGCAUGAUGGGACAGCCAUUCAAUUCAUCUUCCAAAGAAGAAUCUGCUUUGUUAUCAGAAACACUAGGAAGUGGGUUGGAUUCGAACGUUCCAACUGUAUCAUCCAAAUUUGAUACCGACUCGACAGCCACAAGACUAAAACGAUCACCAGCUAUGAUGUUAAUGGGUAGUCAACAGCUACACGCUGCUAACAUGUCUACAACUUCCGAAUUCUUGGCCACAACAUAUGUCCCAGCAUUGUUUUCACAGACUAUUCCAAAAGAGGAUGAUGUACAAUGUUCGACAUCACUGGAGAUGGGAAGACGAAAGCUGCCUUCGAUACCAACACAGCGUGCAGAGAAGGUCAGCGAAACGCCUCCCGCUCCGGUCUACCUCACGUCAAGCGCCCCAGCUGUAUCUCCAUCUCCCGAUCGACAAUAUCAUGCUCAGGAUUCUCGUGCCUACUCACAACCCACUCCUCGUACUGCCUCUCUAAGCAACCUGUCAUUGCCAUCCUCUUCAUCAACCGCCUACUGUCGCACGGUAGAUCCUGCCAUUCUUCCCGGAGCAACAAUCGUUCAUGCAAAACCCAAAUUACUCCUUCGACAGACCACUUCUGCUGCAUUGGGUGAUCGCUCGACAGUACUGGGACAAGCGUCCGGUACCAAAAUGCCCAGUCCACUUGCUAGAGUAUUACUGAAGAAGGAACUGAAGGAGGUCUUGGAAAGAAGACGAGAAUCCCUGGAAGCCUGUGAAAUAGAGGCUAAUCAAAGGCAGUAUAUUGUACAUCGAAUGCUUAUUACUGGUCUUCUGCCUGAAUAUCGCUCUGUUGACAUUGAUAAUAUCCCUAAUGUGAUACCUUGCCUAUUGCCUGUUGAACUUAUAAGUGGUGCUCGUGUGGUGCCAAGUGAAGUACCAAAUGUGACAACCUCAGUGACGACCACUCCCGUUCCUGAACGUUCUUCUGUUCCACCCUCUUCAUCCUCAGUCCAAAGUGGUACCCAGGAAGUGGGUAUCUGCACCGACGAUUUUGGUUUAGAACCGAAAUUGAAGUCAGUUGGAGUUCAGUCGGGAAACUCUUUUGCGACUACAACUGCUUACUCUACCAUAUCUAGCUCAGUUUGCCACGCUGCUACCAGUUCACUCAGAAGACAAAUGAAACAUGAUCGACUCGAUGCAUUCACUACCAAUACCGAUGCAAUAACGGUGUUUCAACCGCGAUUCCGGUCCACAGAAACGCAAACAAAUGGCACUACGACCUAUGAAAUUCAUAGUAACCGGUCAUCUAGUCGCCGUCACCGUAAUUCAGUUAGUAACUUGUUUUCUGCAUCGGAACCAAAUUUGUUGGAAUCUACGGCGAAGUAUUUCGCAGAAUAUGAUAGGCAACUUCGGGAACAUGGACGACGGUUGAAAAAUCGAUUUGCUUUCAGUGACGAUGAUCCGGUAAACAGAGAAACCAGAAAGCAGAGAGUUAUGGAUGAACUUGCGCAAAGAAAAGAAAAGAUUUCAUCUAUGAUUGACUUAUAUUCACCAUCUAGUUUUCCAGUUAUUCAUCUCACUUCUGACUAUUCAUCCACUGUUCCGCAUUAUGGAUCUUUACCAAGGGUUGAUUUCCCUACAACACGUUCUCCUCGAUCAAAUCGACACGACUAUAUAAAUCGAAAUCGUAAUCGGCCUUCAUUUGGAUAUGGAUCACUUCCACGGAAUUAUGAGCGCUAUACUGAGAAAAGUUAUGCUGAUGCUCAGAGUGAUUAUUUCCAAUCACUUCCAAUCCCAACAGGGCGUUAUAAUGCUCUCUCAAGGUCCUGGCAUAAUGUCAAUCCCAUUAGUGUGGAUGAUCCCAUUCUGGAUUCAAGAACGAAGCUUUAUGCCACUCGGUCUACGAAUUUAGAUCCAUGGUUACCAUAUCAACAGCGUCUUACAGAAUCAAAUGUAACUUUUGGACGUCCACUGAUGAAAGCUGCAUAUGAUGAUUUGUAUAGACCGCAGUAUGUACCUGGUGCACGAGCACAAGAUUUUGACGGUUCUCAAAGUCUGCCUAAUACUGAUAUUAUCUCACAGUACGCAAAUUAUCUGAGUAAUCAAUUUAUCACUGACCAAGAGAAGCUCAUGAGUGGUUAUCCGGCGGAAGAGCGAAUGUAUCUCAGUCAAACCAAAAAACGUCCUUACUAUGCUCCCAGAUAUAAUUCUCCUACGACCAGUGGUCAGGCACUACCCACGGUAAACUAUGAGGACUCGUUACCUGCCAUGAAUUUUGAUUCAGCACACUCAUAUCCAAAUCAACCAAUUCAACGCCCUAUUAUUCCUGAUCCUCACAUAAAUUUUCCUUCUUAUAUGCAAACUGAUCAUUACGAAACCUGGCCAUGGUGCCAACAACUCUCUUGCGUGAAUAAUAGCACACUUGACAAUAAUGCAAUAUCACCUUAUCAUUACUCGAACUAUUUUUCUCCGACACCGAAUAUCCUCCUUGAAGCUUCACCUCUUCCUGGUCAGGUAUAUAGUAGAAACGACGCAAAUUAUGGCUCGAGACCGUCGCAUUAUGCCACUGAAUAUGGCAAUUAUUAUCGGGACAGGGCAGCUCAUCAGGUACGAGACUCUUCAAACAAGAAUUAUGCUGUAAGAAGUCACUAUCCUUAUACUUAUUCUACCCAAUACCACGGAGCCAACCGUUAUCGUGGUAUUGGUGAGCAACCUUAUUUACCAAAUCAACAAUCCUUAUUUCUGGAUAACUAUCCACCGACCUCCCAACAUCCUAUUCAUGCUAUCAGAGCUUGGUCCAAUGGAAAUAUUCCAAUGAACUGUUACGAUGCCAUUUAUCCAAAAGAAGAUGUUCUGAACCGGAUGUAUUCAACGCUGAACAAUCAACGUUCUAUACGUCCACAACAUCACGGCGAUUGCAAUCACGUCUCUAGCCUUGGACGCCACGACAGAAAGAUACGAAGAAAUAGAGUAAAAGAGCUAAUUGGAAGUCAGUCGAAACAAUCAUCCGAUGAUAGCGAUGCAACAGCUGCUGCUAUAAUACAACGCGACCGGAUUUAUUCAACUAGCAUUAAAAAGAUUCUCUUAACACGCAAAUACCACGACACCAAUGUUUAUAAUGAUAUUGGUAUUCGAGUAAUAGGUGGUAAAAAACUUCCAAAUGGUGAACUUGCAGCUUUCGUAUCGACAGUAAAUCGUGGAAAAGCUCGGGAAACAUUAGGCGAGAUCAAAGAAGGAGAUCGUGUUCUCGAGUGGAAUGGUGUAUUAUUAACUGGAAAAACAUUUGAAGAAGUGGAGCAAGUGAUAGCUGCCAGUCGGGGUGAAAUUGAAGUGGUUGUUGCUAGCAAUUCGAUAAGCAGUAUGCCAGUGACGUCAGGCAAUCCCCAAAAAAGCAAAGGUGUUGAAAAUCAAAAAAGGCGGGAACGUAAACAUGAUGAAAUACGCAAUCAUUCACAGAAAUCAGAAGCUCCUCCAAUACCUGCACAUCGUUGCGCAGAUGGACAAACUUCUUUCCCUUCAGAUUCUCAUGCUGUUUUGAAACCAUCAUUGAACAAUAAAACGAUCCCCUUACAAUCACGUAACCAUAUUACCUACAUGCAGCAGCCUGAUACGUUGGGUUAUUUAAAUGUGGCCUUAGCAUACAACAGAUCAACAUCAACACUUAUAGUAACAGUGCUUUCGGCUAAAAGGCUCACAUGUCGUCAAUAUUGUAAUGUGACAUUUUAUCCAAAUCCUUUUGUGAAGGUCUACUUGUUACCUGGAAGAAGGGUAUCUAGCAAGCGUCGAACUAAAUUCGUACCAAAUACCUCAGACCCAAUAUGGAAUCAAACACUGGAAUAUUCAGUACCAUUUCAUGAAUUAUACAGUCAUUAUCUAGAAUUUACAGUGUGGGAUUACGACAGAGUCAAUGAUAACAACAGUUUAGGAAAACUUGUCAUUAGUCUUUCAGAUCCCUAUGUUUUGGAUGGUACAUCACGUUGGUAUCCACUUCAUGCAACAGACAAUGAUUUAUCUGUACUAGGCAUACUUAGUCCCGAAUUUCAAACAACAAUUGGUACCACAAAUGGAUAUGCUGUGUCUCGUUAUAAUCCAACAUCUUUGGAUAUUAAUUGCCCGACUGUUUAA